CUGAGUUACCAUACAGCACAUAAAGCUCACUUACCAAGCCGAGGCUGAUCCGAGCUUAAUUAACUUUAGUCUCACAAUGGCGACCGAAAGUGAAUACACCCAUGUCGAGCUGCUGACCUUGAAUGGGCCAGAGUACCGCCGCGUGUCGACGGCGGCUCCCCGCCUCCCCACCGAGGAUGAGAUCCCCGUGAUCGACCUCAGCCCUAUCGACGGUGACGCACAGGAACGCGAGCAGCUCGCUGCCAAAGUGCGCACUGCUGCCGAAAACACCGGGUUCUUCUACAUCAAAAACCACGGCAUUCCCAAAGAGCUGAUCCAGGAGGCCCUCGCCCAGGCACAAGCAUUCUUCCAGCAGUCGGAGGAAGACAAACUGAAAGUCGCCUCCGCCAAAAUGAAACUGAUGGACGGGUUUCAUGGCGUCGGAAGCACGCAGAUCAACAAGACCGAAUCAAGAGACCGCAAGGAGACCUUCUCCCUCCGCUACAACCCCCACCGCGACCCACAAGCCCACCCCGCAACCCUACCCGCCGACGACGAUCAGGACCGCGCCCUCUGGGCAGGCACCGCCCACCUCCCGGGCUUCCGCGAAACCACGACCGCCUUCUACCAAGCCCGACUCACCCUCGCCCGCAAGAUGAUCCGCAUCUUCGCGCUGGCCCUCCACCUCCCGGACGACUACUUCGACAGUCUGGUAACCCACCCCGGCGCAGACGGUCUGUACGUGCAUUACCCGGGCCGUCCCGAAACCACCACCACCGACGAUGCAACCCUCGAGGUCGGAAUCGGCUCGCACACCGACAUCCAAUGCGUCACCCUGUUGUGGCAGGACAUGUCCGGUGGGCUGCAGGUGCUCUCCGCGCAGGACGAGUGGCUGGACGCGCGACCCAUCCCCGGCACCCUGGUCGUCAACAUCGGCGACUUCCUGCAGCGCCUGUCCAACAACCGCUUCCGCUCCACCGUGCACCGCGUCUACAACCGACAGGCUACCUCGCGCUACUCCAUGCCCUUUUUUCUCGGAUUUAACCCGGAGGCCGUGUGUAAGGUUGUGCCCUCGUGCGUCGACGCGGCGCAUCCGCCGCUGUACGAGCCGAUCUCGUGCGGGCAGUGGCAUCGCGAUCGGUUGGCGCUAGCGCAGGGGUUGCUUGGGCGGCCUUGAUUUGUGGGUCUGGGGGUGUAUUCCAGCG